UUUUCAUCGCUCGUAUAAAAGUGAUUCUCAUAGAAUCAUUCACUCCAACUUGAACAGUUUCUUGUCCAGUUUUAAUCAGUUAAUCACGAACAAUGAAGUUAAUUGCUUUACUUUUAAUCUGUGCAUUCGCCUACGGUGCCAAUGCAUUCAAACCAGUGUCAGUUAGUUUGAAAAAGUUUGGAGACUCGAAACUUAAUUUACUUCGACCCGAAUUCAAUAACCUUGUUUCACGACAAUUGGCCGUAAAGUAUAGCGCUAACCCGACAGCGGUCUCAGAGCCAUUGACUAAUUUCCUCGACACUCAAUAUUUCGGCGAGAUUUCAAUCGGUACUCCUGGACAGAAAUUCAAAGUCAUCUUCGACACUGGAUCAUCCAACCUUUGGGUACCUUCGUCGAAAUGUAAAUGGACCAACAUCGCUUGUCUUUUACACAAUAAAUAUAAUUCAGCAAAAAGCAGCACUUAUCAGGCCAAUGGAACGGAACUUGAAAUAACUUAUGGCUCAGGAUCUAUGACUGGAUUCCUAUCGAAAGAUAUUGUUUCAAUCGGCGAUCUUGUGGUAAAAGAUCAACUUUUUGGUGAAGCCAAGACCGAACCCGCUUUGACUUUCGUACUCGCUCGAUUCGAUGGUAUCUUGGGUCUCGGAUUCAGAUCAAUCGCCGUCGAUGGAGUUGCAACAGUCUUCGAUAAUGCAGUCGCUCAAGGCCUUCUUCCUGCCCCCGUGUUUUCAUUUUAUCUUAAUCGAGAUGCUUCCGGUUCAGUAGGCGGUGAGGUCCUUUUCGGAGGCAUCAAUGAAAACUAUUACACUGGACCAAUCAACUAUGUGCCUUUGACCAAUGAAACUUAUUGGCAAAUCGCAAUCGAUGAUAUUUCUUCCGUUAAUGAUUUAUCAAUUGAUUGUACAAGAGGUUGCAAGGGUAUUGUCGACACUGGCACUUCAUUGAUUGCUGGUCCAACCGCUUCAAUCGAUCAAAUUCAAUCAUACAUCGGCGCUGAAAAAAUCAUCGGAGGUCAAUACGUUGUCUCAUGUGACGCAAUCGAUACUCUUCCUGAUGUUACUUUCACCAUCGCCGGCAACAAAUACACUCUAACGGGCAGAGAUUACGUCGUAUCAAUAAGCCAAAUGGGUCAAAGUAUUUGCAUUUCCGGUUUCAUGGGAAUCGAAGUUCCUGCUGGUCUGUGGAUUCUUGGUGACAUUUUCAUUGGUAAAUAUUAUACUGUUUUCGAUCAAGGAAACAAACAAAUCGGUUUUGCUCAAGCAAAAUAAGUUGUUGAAAUUACUCAUUUGUUUUAUCAUUUAAAUUGAACUCAAAUAUAAAAUCUAUUGUAUCGUAAUUUGAAUGAUUAAAAUUUGAUUUAAAAUAAA